AUGAUAGCAACCGGCGGGGUAAUAACAGGACUGGCUGCCUUAAAAAGGCAAGACUCUGCCAGAUCUCAGCAACAUGUAAAUCUUGCCACAGCACCAGCUUCUGAGGAGAAGAAACCAGUUAGACGCCGGCCCAGGGCAGAUGUAGUAAUUGUCAGGGGCAAAAUCCGUCUCUAUUCUCCAUCGGGAUUCUUCCUUGUUUUGGGAGUGCUUAUUGCUUUCUUGGGAAUUGCAAUGGCCAUCCUUGGAUACUGGCCCCAAAAGGAACAGCUUUUAGGAUCUGAAGAUAAUCUAUCUGUAAAUGAAACCCAGGUCCUGAGAAGCCAAGGAAGCAUCUUGCUUCGUUUCUUUGAACAGCAUGUGCACUCGGACAAGAUGAAAAUGCUGGGCCCUUUUACUAUGGGCAUUGGAAUCUUCAUUUUCAUUUGUGCAAAUGCCAUUCUGCAUGAAAACCGUGACAAAGAAACAAAAAUCAUACACAUGAGAGACAUAUACUCCACUGUAAUAGACAUCCACACCCUGAGGAUCAAGGAACAAAAGCAGCUGAGUGGUGCCUUCACUGGCUUGUUGGGGGAAGGAGAACUCAGGCACAGCGGGAGCUCGUGUGCGUCACGGCUGGCUGCGAACACGGUUGCGCCUUUCUCUGGCUUCAAGAGUAAUUUUAGAAUGGAUAGUUCUGCUGAAGAAGAUGAGAUUACCCUAAAUGAAGAUAGGACCACUGGUAGCCUCCUACCACCUCUGCUGACUGAGCAAUCUGGUUCAGUCUUUGGACUUUACCCUCACUCCGGCAAGGCUUCAGAUGACAAAAACGCUAGCUCUAUAAAGUGUGAAACAAAAUCCAUUGUAUCAUCUUCCAUUAGUGCUUUCACACUGCCAGUAAUUAAACUGAAUAACUGUGUUAUUGAUGAGCCCAGUAUAGACAACAUAACUGAGGAUUCAGAGAUCACUAGGAGUCGGUCUAGAAAUCUGUCGAUGGAUUCUUUGGCCAUUCCACUAAGUGAUACCAAUGAAUCCUACAGACCAGCUGCUACCAUGCUGCCACGACACAAUUCAUUUGUGGACACUCCAUCUGAUCAGUUCAAAUCUUCUAUGACUCUCGGACCAAGCACAGGAAAGCUUUUAUCCCCUGGCGCUGCCAGGAAACAGUUUGGGUCCAACACAUCUUUGCAUCUCCUGUCUUCACAUUCAAAGUCCCUGGACUUGGACAGAGGUCCAUCUACGCUCACUGUCCAAGCUGAACAAAGGAAACACCCUAGCUGGCCCAGGCUGGAUCGGAGCAACAGUAAAGGAUAUAUGAAACUAGAAAACAAAGAGGACCCAAUGGAUAGGUUACUUGUGCCGCAAGCAGCAGUCAAGAAAGACUUUACUAAUAAGGAAAAGCUUCUUAUGAUAUCAAGAUCUCAUAAUAAUUUGAGUUUUGAACAUGAUGAGUUUUUGAGUAACAACCUGAAGCGAGGAACUUCUGAAACAAGAUUUUAAUAUUUAAAUUGCAAUUUAGAAGAUGUCAUACAGUAUUUUUAAAAAAAAAACAUUUUGACAAGUGUUUCCUUGUCAGUGAGACUAGUACAAGCCUGUUUUUAACCAAAUGCUUAAUAGCCCAUUAAAAUUGGCUUGUGUGAACAGAGAUUUUCAUCUUUGUAAUGCCAAGAGUUUUCUGUCUUAGUCACAUACAGCUGCAAUACUGUACAUUAUCAUUGCUCAGAGAGUUUUGGUAUGACUGAUUCCAAUUUUUCCCAAGUCAUUAUUUCUUUUGUUCUAUGUAAGCAUGUUACUUUUUAUCAAUUUGACUCCAGAAGCCUGCAUUAGAAAAAAAGCUCCAUUUACCUGUAAGUUCUGUUUAUUUAAUGACUGCAAGAGUCUAAAAACGGUGCUUGCGGUCUAGA